AUGUUCAGCUCCCUCUCACAGCGAUUCUUCGGCACGUCGCCACAUAAGAAUUCGUCACCUGGCCCGACGAGGCCACCGCGUGAGGAAGUCGACCACAAGCAAUUCUCUUCGACCGCUCCCGCCGAAAUGGAGGAGUCAAUGCUUGACGAUCGAGCAUCGGACAUGUCGCAGCAAUGGGACCAGGCGGAUCACACGGAUGACAACGACGAGUCCGAGGAUAUCCCUGACGGCAUCACCGAAGACUAUGUCGAUCCCUUCUCCGACAUGAUGCCAUUUUCUACCCAAGCUAAAGGCGACGAAGACGAUGAUAUUGCUGCAUACGGAUCCGACAACGAUAACAGCGCCAGUGACGACAAUAGCCCCCAGAAGCAGGAGAUGCCCAAGAAGGAGAAGAAGGUUGAGGAAAAAGAGACUGGCCGAAAGAAGCGCAAAUCCAAGAAGAAGAAUGCCGAUUACGAGCCUUCCGAUCAAGCUCUCCCCAGCCCGACAACAAGCGAGCGGACGAGCCGCUCUGAACGGGAGGAAGCAAAUGGCGACGAUGCUUCGUCCUCCAGCGAGCGCCUCGAGAUCAAGACCGAGCCUGGUGUUGCACCCACCAGCAACAAAAAGAAGCGCAAGCGCAGAUCAAGGCCAUCUGACUCCGUCGAACUCGAAGAGUCGAGCCGCAAGAAGAAGAGAAAGACCCGCAAACCUUUGGAGGACAUUGAAGAUGACGAAAUGGAAGCCCAGCCGCAAGAGACGAUACCUGAUUCCCCAUCCAACCAGCUGACGGUUGAACGCGAACUGGAAAGCCCUGAAUUCGACCAGGAUCUCAGCAUGGACGCCACCCUCAAGUCCGAACCUCAACAAUCGCAGCUCGCGACUGUUUCUAGACAAUUGUUCCAGCCUACGAAGGGCGCUUCUGCUACCGGUCUUUCCAUCAGCGAUGAUGCCGAUCACGACACCAGCGACAACGAUAAUGAAGUUUCGCUUUCUUCGCCGAGCGUCAUUGCCCAGAGACGCCGAAGCAUGUCCCGGGGCUCUCAAAUUUCAGCUUUCCGACAGGGAGUGUCUAGGGAGUCCACCUCUCUGCACGACAUCAUCUCAGAAGCCGCGGAAUCAGAAGAGGAAGCUUCGGAAAAAGAAGACGAGAGUGGGGCGGCUCAACAAAGUCCCUCGGCCGCCAGCCAGGAUGACUCGGAAGAUGAAGAGUCACAGCCUGAUCCAGUGUCCGAGCUUGACGGAGACGUCAGCAUGGCGGACACCUCGAACGCGCCCCUGGCGUCCGGAGCUCUUGUCGACGACGGCCAGUCUGAACAGGGAGAUUUUGCCGAUCAAUUGCCUCCGUCAUCUCAGCCGCCCAGGGAAGACACGCCCAGUAGUGAUGAAGCGGAGUCUGAUGCCGACGAUGUUGAUGUAGAACACGUUGAGCAGCCUCAGCUGCCCAUCAAGACCUUCAAGGACGCGCUCAACCAUGGUGGUUCGACGUCAAAGUCAGGUAACCGCAAGGAUGCACAGGCUGGCACGGCGGCCACGCCUGGGCGCAAACGCCAGCGGAAUGCCGAUUUACUCGUUGACAUGUCUGAACCAAGCAACGUACCCAGCUCUGUACACAAAUCCGGACGCUCGACUGCCUCCAAGCGGCAGCGUUCCAAGCCUAAUUUCUUCUCAAACCAGGAUGAGGAGGACCAGACGGGGAAUCUCGAAGCCGACGAAAGUCUUGCAGCCCCGUCGCCGCCUCCGUCGGCCCGUGUAGCAUCUGCUAAGGCGGCCACUACGAAGCAGCCGAAGCUGAAAGCGCCAGCAUCUACUGUCAAGAAGACGAAGACAGCAACGUCGGCAGCAUCUCGCGUCUCCAAAGUCGCCAAGUCUCCUGCCCAAAAAUCGUCGGCGCAGAGCAGUCCGCGAAAAAGUGCACAACCACUGGCUCAGGCGAAUCCCAAAGUGGGCUCUUUUGACGUGGAGGAGCUUAAGAAGCUUGCGGACAUAGUUGGCCAAUACCGUGACGACCACGGUUUGACGCAGGAGGAAAUGAAUGACCUCAUUCACAUGAAGCAACGCAAGAAGACGAAGAGCGAAAUAUCGAAAGAGGUUAAGAACGCGAAUUUUGAUCACUCACAAUUUAAAGAGAUGUGGGACUUCAUCACCAGGGCUAUUCCCAACAGGCCGCGUCAGAAGGUUAUCAACGUUGCUCGACAAGAAUUUCACAACCACAAGAAGCGAGGAGGAGACUGGACCAAGGAAGAGGAAGCCAAGGUUGCAAUACUACACGACAAGUAUGACGGAUCAUGGGUCAUGAUCGCCGACGAGAUCGGCCGGCUUCCGUCUGACGUUCGCGAUCGUUACCGCAACUACAUUAUUUGUGGCCGAACCGACGAGCGCCGGAAGUGGACAGAGGAAGAGGAACGGGAAUUGAUUGAGGCGGUGACUACUUCACUUCGGCGGAUGAGGAAGCCGCUCCGCAGCCACCUGGAGAAGCCCACCGAUCUCAUCAACUGGCAAACCAUUAGCGAAAUGAUGCAUAGAAAACGCAGUCGCCUGCAAUGCCUGAGGAAAUGGAAAACCCUCAACGUUGAACUGAACGAAGCCGAUCUCCUUCGGCGGUCAGCCGACGACGAGGAAGUCCCCUGGAUCCUGCACAAGGCCCGUAAGCAGAUCCAGGAAAUGUCGCCCGAGGACAAGUACAGAUUUGUCGAGUCGAUUCUGGCCGGAGCUGCCGGUGAUGAGGCGGCUAUAUCUUGGUCGAAACUGGUCGACGUUCCAUUCCGGCGGAAAUGGCACAAGCCUACGCUCAAAUUGCUGUGGCACCGUCUCAAGCAGCGGGUUCCGAAUUACCAGGAAAAGAAAGUUAGAGACUGCGCACGCUGGAUUCUGAAGGACGCCAAAGAGAACGGUCCCAGAGGUGCCAAGUUCAUCAGCGACGGACUUGAGGAGGGGGAUGUGGAGACCGAAUACAAGGCUGUCGCGCCUAGGGCCGAGCUGAGGAAGGAAGAUUCCAAGUCGAAGAAGAACGCCCGCAGCGCCGAGAAGAUAGUAGAUAGUGACAGUUCCGACGAGGAGGAGGGUAACGAUGAGACUCAGCUGACCAACGCUGAGGACUCCCCGUCCGCACAACGACAGCCUUCGUCGGCCGUGUCGCAACAGUCGACUCCACGACUUGGUUUUACCCCGUCUCUGCAGCCACCCGCAAGUCAGCAGGAAGGUUCGAGAGAACCCAGCCCGGCCAAGAAGCGGGUUAGACUUUCGAGGGGCCGGUCUGCAAAAGAGCGCGUCAGCGAGGGGAACGGCGAUAACGAAGUUGAAGGCGAGGGCGAAGACUCGCAAAACGGUACACCAUCACAAUCACAGCUCGAUAUUCGCAAGAUUCCGGACCGUCUACAGGAAAAGAAGAUGGCGGCUAGACAGCGCAUCACUUCGGGCAGCAGAAGCCGGUCAGUAACGUCGCUGCAGCCGGAGUCGGUGCAGAACAGCGAUGUCGACGAUGACAUGCCACCUAUCCGCGUGCCCGCGUCAACCCAGCCUUCGCGAACCAAGGCCGGCAAGCUGAUGCUCCGGGGUAACUUUGCGCGCAAGACGGGAUCAAACGUGCUGCCAGGGGAACCUGUGGAGUUGACGGAUGAGGUCAUGGCGGAGCUGGAAGCGGGAGGAAACGGCGACGAGGAGGGGGCUACGGAAUCGGUCGCGGCCACUCCCGUGCCGAGCGCGCGGAAGGCGAAGCGCCGGCGCAAGGAUGUCGAGGUGGCCGAGUCCCCAUCUUAG